CUGAGUUUCUGUCAUCCCUGAGACCCAGUAGUAAACAAACCCUGUUUCUGGCUGCACUACCCACGAUGGAGUCGACUUUUUGCCGAGUUUGCUUGGGCUACCACAAAAACAUGGUCGACAUAUUCGAGCGACCCGAGCUGGGAGUCCCCAUUGGCCUCAUGAUCGCCGAGUGCACCGGCUACCAGGUUGAGAGGGGAGACCCGUUCCCCCAGACCAUUUGCGACAUCUGCCUGCAGGAUGUGAGGAACGCCUUCGCGAUAAAGAAGACCUACGAGAGGAGCUCGGCGUUCUACAGCGAAGUGGAGAAGGACUCGCAGGGGAUGGAUGUAGCCGAGGAAAGGGACUCCAGCGACAAGGAGAACCAUCUUGAGGACGCUGCCCAUGACGAUUCGGACUACUUGCCUUCGGAUGAGGAGCCUGAAGACGCUGUACCAGCCAAUGCAGCUCCAGUACCUGCUGAUAAGAAGACGCUACCUGCUCCUGACAGCAGCGGCGCCAAGGCACAUCGCCACAAGUGCUCUUACUGUCCCAAGACCUUUCCGAGGGCGUGUGCCCUGCAGCGACACCUGCGCAUCCACACGGACGAAAGACCCUACAAGUGCUACCUGUGCCCCAAGACCUUUCACUGCUCCUCGAACCUCAACGGUCACCUGAAAACCCACGCAGGGGUAAGGCCGUUCAAAUGUGAGCACUGCGCGAAGAGGUUCACGCAGAACUCAAACCUUCAGGUGCACCUGCGGGUGGAGAGGGGCGAAAAGCCGUUCAGUUGCACCCUCUGCCCCAAGCUCUUCGGUUUAAAGACCCAACUCCAGUCCCACAUGCGAACGCACACGGGCGAAAAGCCGUUCCAGUGUGCCGACUGCUCCAAGUGCUUUUCCCAAUCCGCCAGUCUCCGUCGCCACCAACUGACCCACACGGGAGAGCGACCCUUCAAGUGCCCCCGCUGCUCGUCGAGCUUUAAUCAGUCCUCGAGCCUUAAGCGGCACCUAGACACAGUCCACGCAGCCUAACUAGACUCUAAGAAACCACUGUAUGUCCACUCUAUGUAUGUUGUCCUACGAUUAAGCUAGCUUACUCUUGACCAAAUGAUAUUGACAAGGUACUUGAUCAGUGAUUGUGUAUUGCAUUUGUAGAAUUAAUUUAUUUGUUCAGUUUGAUUUAGCCAAUAAAAUAGAAUAAGAACAGUA